CCUAUGAAUAGUAACCAGAAGAGAGCCACUACGUAUCCCCGUGCCCGCCGCUGCUCUUUCCGUGCAUGCACUACGCAGGAACACCGAGUCAUGCCCUGGUUUCUGCCAGACGUGGGGGUGUUUCGGGUUAUAAAAGACGAGCAGGGCAGCCCCUAGGGGUUUGAGCCGUCAGCAUUCAUUUCUCUUCAGCUGUCGCAUAUAUUCUACUCUUUCAGCACCCCCAAUCACCGAUUCUACCCACUAUGGCUGCUUCAGGAUCCAACAUCCUCACCUACCUCAAGUCGCUGGCGGCCGUGCGCGAGCGAUCGCAGAAGGUGUACCAGCACGCCGAGCACAGCAAUCUCCGCCACUUCUCGUUCGAUGCCAGCAAGAUCGAGUCGGUCGCCGACUACGUCAUCUCCCUGAUUGAGCGCGAUCACGGCAGCAUUGCCAAGGUGCCGACGCACGGCCGCUGGCGCUCCUACGUGGUUAAGGCCGACGCCGAGUCCCCACGCGAUCUGGUUGCCGAGCAUGUGGAUGCAUGGAAGGCCCAGGGCACCAGUGAGUCAGAGUGCACGCGUCGGAUCAUCGACCUGUUUGUCGUGUCGGUUCUGAUCGACGCUGGCGCUGGCAGCAGGUGGAAGUACAAGGACGCACUGGGUACUUUCGAGCGCACCGAGGGGCUGGGCUUGGCUGCAUUGCGGAUGUUCGAGAAGGGCGUAUUCUCAAGCUCCAAGGAGAACCCGUACCAGGCAGAUGCCGUUGCAUUGCAGAAGCUUACCGACAAGGAUCUGCUGGACGGAUUCCAGGUCUCAGACUCGAACCCACUAUUGGCCGGCGAGAACCGCGCGCAGCUGUUGCGCAGCCUCGGAGAUGCGUUGCAGCUGAGUCCGCAGUACUUUGCCAGUGCCGACAGCCAGGAUCUGGCUCGGCCCGGAUGCAUGCUUGACUAUCUGGUCAGGAACGCCGAUGCUGGCAGUGCUGUAUCGGUCGAGAAGAUCUGGGAGGUCAUCAUCGUCGGCUUCGAUCCGGUAUGGCCCAAGUCGCGCACACAGUUCAACGGCGUGUCGCUGGGCGACGUGUGGCUGUGCGACACCCUAGUGCCCGUGUACGAGGACGACAUUGGGAAUGUUUUGGCUAAAGGCAAAGUCGAGUCGCUCGACUGCCUGGUAGCCUUCCACAAGCUGUCGCAGUGGCUGACAUGGUCGCUGCUUGAGGUCGUUACCCGGCUCGGCAACCUGGCUGUCACAGAUACAGAGCUGCUAACCGGCCUGCCCGAGUACCGCAACGGCGGGGUCUUUGUCGACAUGGGCGUUCUGACGCUCAACCAGGACGACGUCGAUCGCGGGCUGCGCAAUGCCAAGGGCGGCAUCCCCCAGUUCGAAGGCAGCGACUACGUCAUCGUCGAGUGGCGCGCAAUGACGGUGGUGCUGCUCGACAAGGUCGCCGAGAUUAUCAAGGACAAGUCGGGGCUCACAGGCAGCAACGUGCCCACGAUGUUCCUGGGCCGGGUGCUGGAGGGCGGUACGUGGAAGGCGGGCCGGGAGAAGGCUGCUGAGCUGCGCCCGGCGACCAAGGAGCCGCCCAUCAACAUCAUAUCUGACGGCACGCUUUUCUGAAACUGUAAACACUAGCACUUGCAGCAUGUCUAUGUCUCAAUAUGCACCACCCGUCCAAGCCGACGGCUCAGGAGAUUCUUUGAUCGCGGGGAUCCGCGUCA